AUGUUUACACUUAAUGUUACAAAUUUGUUCAAAUUAUCUGGUCCUAGACUUGAUCAAUCAAAAUUUUCGCGAUGUAUAUCUUCCAAUAGAUCACUUCGAAAUAUAAUAAUAAAUGAUCCUGCACCAAUUAUAUAUGCCAAUAAAAAGUCAAUAUUUAUAACAACACCAAUGUUUACACUUCACUCCGAUACGAUUAUUGGUUCUUUAUAUACAGCAAUUGUAGCAGAUGUUCUUAAAAGAUAUUAUGAAUUGAAAGGCCUAGAAGUAAAAUUAAGUGUAGGGACUUCUGAAUAUGGAGCAUUAAAGGUUCGAAAUAUCUUAAAAAAACCGGAUUUGGAUUUACAAGAGCAAUAUGCUGCAAUGAUCUCUUACACGGACUUCAUUCGUACAACCGACAAAAGGCAUGAAAAUGCCGUGGAACACGUUUGGAAUCGGUUGAUGGAAAAUGGUCUUAUUUAUAAAGAUAAAGUUGAAGGCUGGUAUUCAAAAAAUGAUCGAAUGUUUUAUAGUGAAGCAGAUCUCAAAGAAAAUAUACAUCCACACAGCGGAAAAAAAUUGAAAGUUACACUUUAUACUAAACGGCCUGUCGAAUGGUAUGUUGAGGAACGAUAUAAAUUCAGAUUAUCAAAACUUCUACCAAAUCUCAUGGAAUGGUUGGAAGAUUACGAAAAAUUCAUUAUUGCACCUAAUAGUUUGCAAGGACUUAGAAAUAAAAUCAGACAAGGUUUAAUUGAGGAUGUGCCAAUCUCAAGGCCUCGUGGUCCAACAGAUUGGAAACCAAAUCUUCCUGGAGAGACAGAACAAAUCAUUGAUCCACUUUUUGAUGCUUACAUCAAUUACUUAACAGUAACUGGAUAUCCUUGGUCUGAAGGCAAUUCUAAUAAAUUUUGGCCUGUAGACAUUCAAAUAUGCCCCAAGUAUAUUCUUAGGAGUCAUGUAAUAUAUGGGCCUGCACUUCUAAUGGGUAUAGAUUUAUUACCUCCGAAAAAAUUAUUUGCCCAUUCGUUCCGACAAUCGCGGAGUGAUGCAGAUCCUUUUCGAGUAAUUAAUCAUUAUGGUGCCGAUGUUUUCCGAUAUGUCUAUUUAGCGCAUGGUGAUUACUCUAACUCAAACGAGUUUUCAGAUCAAAAUAUCAAUAGUCGAUAUGCCACAGAUUUAGCGAAUCAACUUGGUCAACUAAUUCAUAAAUGUUUGUCUCCUAAAUUAUUCCCAAAUGGACCAUGGAUUCCAACAUCUCCAUCAAAAGAAAAUGGAAUACCUGAUACUGACAGAAUUAUACAGCAAGCAUUAGAAAAUUUACCAGAUACUGUGGAUAAGCAUUACGAAAAAUUGGAACUUUCCAAAGCUCUAAAACAAAUACUCGCCAUUAUUACCUUGGCCAAUGAGUAUUUCGAUAAAGUAUCACCAAUCGAAUUCCUCACAACAAAAGAUUACAUCUCGAUGAAUCGCGCGUUAUAUUAUUCAUUUGAAACAUUACGAAUGACUGGGAUAUUAUUGCAGCCAAUAAUGCCAAAGAGAUCCUGGAAAUUGUUAAACAUACUAGGUGUAAAACACGAUGAACAUAAAUGGGAAGAUGCCAAAUUUGGAAAGGGUUGGCCGAUGCUAGAUAAUAAAAGACGUAAAUGGGCACCUUAUUUAUAUUAUAAUUUAUACCCUUAUCUCCCAAAUAUGGCUGAUGAUGUUGCUAAUGAGGAAAAUAGGAAAAAGGUGGUGCACGGCGAGAAUGUGAAAGGAUAA